AUGUAUUUAAAUGAGGGCACUUUUCUAAAUAACUGUCGACUUCGAUAUGCUCGGAAACAGAUUUAUACCUAUGUUGCAAAUAUACUAAUCUCAAUUAACCCAUAUGAACAAGUGCCUGAAUUGUACAGCAGUAAAAUGAUAAAAAAGUAUCAAGGCAAAUCAUUAGGCACAUUACCACCACAUAUUUUUGCGAUUGCCGACAAGGCAUACCGGGACAUGAGACGUUUCAAGCAAAGUCAGUCAGUUAUAGUGUCCGGUGAGUCCGGUGCAGGUAAAACAGAAUCCCAAAAGUAUAUUCUACGUUACCUUUGUGCUUCUUGGGGUUCAUCUUCGGGUUCCAUUGAAGAACGAAUUCUUGAAACUAAUCCAAUAUUAGAAGCAUUUGGAAAUGCAAAGACACUUCGUAACAACAACAGCAGUCGAUUCGGAAAAUUUGUUGAAAUUCAUUUUGACUCUCAGUAUGCAGUCGCUGGUGGAUAUGUUUCUCAUUAUCUACUAGAGAAAUCACGUAUAUGUCUACAGCAAGGCCGAGAACGUAAUUACCAUAUAUUCUAUCAGCUUAUUGCUGGAUCAGAUCUAAAUCUUGCAAAAAAACUUGGUUUGGAGCCACUGGAUUCAUUUAAUUAUUUGAACAAAGGAUGUACACAAUUUUUUUCAAAACCUUCCACGUCGCAACACGAUCUACGUGAUGAACUGCUGGACGAUUAUGCCGAUUUUCUGUCUCUUCAGAAGGCUUUAACGAGUAUUGGCAUUUCAACCAGCGAAAUGAAUGCAAUUUUUCAGACGGUGGCAGCUGUUUUGCACUUAGGAAACAUUUGUUUUGAAGAAAAUUCCGACGACCGUACAGGUGCUUGUAUGGUUUCUGAAAACAGCCAACGAUCGCUACAAUUCGCUGCUAAUUUGCUAGGCUUAGACCCAAAGGAUUUAAGUCGUGGACUUCUUUUUCGCACUAUGCAACCAACUAGAGGAGGUGAUAAAGGAACAAUGAUCAGAGUUCCCUUAAAAUCCUACGAAGCUGCAGCGGCAAGAGACGCACUGGCAAAAGCAAUUUAUAGUAGAAUGUUUGAUUCAAUUGUUGCAGCAAUCAACCGGUGUAUACCAUUUGGGGACAGCGUUUCAUAUAUUGGAGUUCUUGAUAUCGCCGGAUUUGAAUUUUUCACCGUCAAUUCAUUUGAACAGUUUUGUAUCAAUUACUGCAACGAAAAACUUCAAAAGUUUUUCAAUGACAGGAUUCUUAAGCAGGAACAAGAAUUGUAUGCGAUUGAGUACCUAAAUGUUCCACAUAUUGAAUACACCGAUAAUCAAGACUGUAUUGAGUUAUUUGAAGAAAAAGUAUGUGGUUUACUUGACAUGUUAGACGAAGAAGCUCGAUUACCACGACCUUCACCGAAACAUUUUACUAGGUUUUUCCGGUUUUUAAGCUCAAUAAUUAUUUAUGAUAAACUUUCAUCUGGUAACAAAAACUAUUCACCAAGAAAAUCAAAGCUUCGCGAGCAUCGUGAAAUUCUAGACGACGAAGGUUUUCUUAUCAGACAUUUUGCUGGUUCGGUUUGUUAUGAAACCAACCAAUUUCUUGAGAAGAAUAAUGAUGCGUUACAUACGUCAUUGAAAAUUUUAAUACAACAAAGCAGCGUACCUUACAUCUGCAGUUUAUUUGUGACAAAUAAUCAUCAGAUGAAAAUGGAAGGUCGAAACAAGGUGUCAGUUAGCUAUAAAUUCAGAAUUCAACUGCAAGAACUUCUCGACCGAUUGGUUAACACGGGUACUCAUUUCGUACGCUGCAUAAAGCCGAACUCAAAAAUGGAACCUGGUAACUUUGAGGGAGCCCAAAUUUUAAGUCAGUUGAAAUGUGCAGGAAUGGCAAGUGUACUGAAUCUUAUGCAGAAAGGAUAUCCUUCACGAACAACUUUUUCGGAUUUAUACAACAUGUAUAAAAAGUUUCUUCCUCCCGAACUUGCUCGGCUUGAUCCAAGGUUGUUUUGUAAGUGUUUAUUCGGCGCACUUGGCUUAAACAGUGAUGACUACAAAUUUGGCCUGACAAAAGUGUUUUUUAGACCUGGAAAGUUUGCCGAAUUUGAUCAGAUGCUUCAUCAAGAUACUGAACAUUUGAAGCAGUUGAUUCACAAGGUUCAGUCAUGGUUACGACGUGUUAGAUGGAGAAAAGCACAGUACGGAGUACUCAGUUGCAUUAAAUUGAAAAAUAAAAUUCUUUACCGAUGUAAAGCAUUAAUAACGAUCCAAAGUGCUGUCCGAGGAUACAUUGUAAGGAAAAAGGAAGCUGAAAGGUCAGCUGAAGCAAACACACGCCAAAAAUGGAUGCCUUUAGUAACUGAUUUGAAGAAUCAGGCAAAAACUAUUGCCAGUCACGUUAAGGUUUCAUAA